CUUCCCCGGAGGAGCGAGUGUCAGUGGCUCACUAGAUCCUGUGUCGUGAGGAGGGAACACGCUGAAGGAGAGACAAUAGAGACGGCGAUAAACAAGGAGAAAGAUACACAUAAUAAUAAAAAGGGAGAACAAAAGACAGAAAGAAGAAAAGGCGAAAGACAAGUGUUUGUGAGAAGAAGUGUAAGAUAAAACCAGGAGGUAAAGGAGACUUCAUUCACCUGUGGAAAUUACAUUAAUCAGGGUUGAGACCUCCCUGACGAUGCUCAUGGCGGGGACUUCGACGCGGAGGAAGGCCCUGAUCCUCCUGACGGCAGCGCUCGGCCUGGCGCUGCUGGCCUUCCCGGGCUCGGCCAAGGGCGCAGCCAUGCUCUCCCGGCACAGAAGGCAAGGUAACGACAACGAGACCAUCACCUUCCAGCUGGGGACCGAAGACCCGUCCGCCUGCACGACGCCGAUCGGACAGAAUGGGAAAUGCAGACCGUUAGUCAGCUGUUCUAUCCUCUAUGAUCAGCUGAGGAACAAUCCGCCAAUUGAAUUUAUCAAUAUUUUGAGACAGAGCAUUUGCCGCUUCGAGAAGUCCACGCCCAUCGUCUGCUGCCCGGAGAGCUCGCCUGUCGUGUCCACCGAGGCGCCGGUCAUCACCACGAAACCGGUCACGACCCCUAGUACGACUCCCAGUACGACUCCCAGCACCACCCCUAGCACCACGCCCAGUACGACACCCAGUACGACUCCUAGCACUACUCCUAGCACUACCCCUAGCACCACGCCUAGUACUACUCCUAGCACAACGCCUAGUACCGAACCAACCACUGCGCAACCCACAACGCCCCCAGUCCUCACCGGAAAGGAUCUCCUUCCUGAGGAAUGUGGCAGGCCCGACUUUGUCCUCAGGAUCGUGCAAGGCAAGAAGGCCGCUGAAGGCGAGUUCCCGUGGAUGGCUGUUCUGGGCUAUGAGGACGGAAGGGGCCAAGUGAGCUUCCUCUGCGGUGGAGCUCUCAUCACCAACCAGCACGUGGUGACGGCGGCUCACUGCAUUCACGAUCGAAGUGAUCUGGCGGUGGUGCGUCUGGGUGAACACGAUCUCGACAGAGAAGACGAGGUAGACCACAUGGACUUCCAGAUCGCCGAGAAGAUUGUCCACGAAGGAUUCAACACCGUGUCCUUCGCGAACGAUAUCGCCGUCCUUAAACUCAACAAGCCGGUCACCUUUAGCAAGUACGUGAGCCCUGUCUGCAUGCCUUUGAUCGACGAACUCCUCCAGAGAAAUCUGAAGGUCAACGACGGUAUCAUCGCUGGCUGGGGUUCAGUCUCGUUCAAUAACGUGUCAUCAUCCGUGCUCCUGAAGGCAAGAGUGCCGCUUGUAGAGGAGGCUACAUGCCGUAAGAAAUAUGAAGUAUUCCGACAAGUUGCCAUUGACAGCACAACCCUCUGCGCUGGCAAUGGCACCACGGACGCAUGUCAG